AUGAAACUCGGUUUUUUGACUCUCGCUGCUGUAGCUUACGGUGCUAGAACUCCUGAGUCCCAACUCGCCAGUGUGAAAGAGCAAGUGACUGAAUUGGUUGGUGCAUUCACCGGACUCGGAUCAAAGCAAGAUAAAAUUGCGAAAAAGAAAAAGAAACAGCUUGAAAAGACGAUGGAUACGCUCAGUGCCGCCGUGAAAAAGUGCACAAUGGAAGAAGUAGACCUCCCUGCUGAUGAUACAGAACGAUCUACUGAUCCUUGCAAGGCUGCUGGUGCCAUCAAGCGAAAGAUCACCAAUGUCGCCUCUGCGUACAUCGCCGAUUGCAAGCCAUCCAUGUCCGAGCGAAUUGUCUCAAGAAUGAUGUCUGUUGAGAAGGGGGUUUACAAUGCAAUGAUAACAACCUGGUUCUGGGUGGUGAUGAAUAAAGGAUUGCUUAUUGCUUUCUUCGGAUUAGGAGCAAUGAAGGGAAAGCGAAAUGUGGGCUCAGUGUAUGGAAGAAACGCUUUGAUUCCCUUCACUGCAGCCAUCAAUUUUUCGACUCAAGUCAUGGUACUCUAUGUCCAUUACGCUUACGCAUUUUGGGAUGGUUAUUACUAUUGGGACCUCUACUACAAGUGCGAUUCAACAUGCUACAAUAUCAGGAAAGCAAGCUUUGGACUGGCAAUCGUUAGUCUCAUUCUAUCGGUUGUGGUUAUCAUCGACCUUAUUGUUGCUUCUUGCCAAGAACCAGAACCGAUUCCACCACCACAAAACGCAGUCGUUCCUAUUACAGUACCGACACUUGUCCAACAGCCCGUACCAGUAAACCCAUAUCCUCCAAGCUAUCAAGAAUCGAGCAUGCAAAAAGCACCAUACCAAGCUCCAGUUUAUACACCAACACAGCCAGUCAUUGUCCCGACGACUCAGUAUAGCGUUCAACCAGUCCCGCAAGACGAUCCAAAUACCGGAAGAGAUCUUUUCAAUUACGGACAUAUUGCACUGAUGGUCCUGAAUGCCGCAUUCUGCGCCAUGAUAAUUGGCUUUCUCAGCGGCUGUCUUUCUUACUGA